AUCACAUGUAAACAUGGCGCCUGUGUUUAGGAGAUAAUUUAUCGUUUGAUUUUCACAAUCUUUUUAAUUCUUUGCUGGGAACGAUCCUCACAAUCUAGCUGAGAAAAGGAAUGGCAGCAACAGGGCCGUAUAUAAUCUACAAAUCUUCCCAGUUCUGCGCUGCAGUUCGUUGCAAUGUUGGCUUCGAUCAUCCACUUCGCAAGCGAAUUCGUGAAGUCGAGUUCCCUUUUCCGAAAGGUGCAGACACACUGCCUCUUCGGCUUAAUUUGGAAAGUUUGACUACCGCAGUUAGUGAAAUCUGCCAGCAAAUGAGAGAAAGAAGAGAAAAAUACUUGCUGCAGAGACAGAGUAUAAGGCAACGAAGAAAAGGUUUUUGCGAAGAUUUUCAUCCAGAGGAGACAGAAGGCAAUCUGAGUUACGAAAAUCAGUUGGUAAACCGGGACAUUCGCCUUCUUGGUGCUGGUGGAUUUUUGUGGGAUAAGGAGCGAGUUACAGACUAUGAACUGUUCAGGUUAGAUAUGUCUGUAAUCAAUAAUUCCUAAAUCGAUCAAAUUAGUUUUCUUGUAGUGAAAAUAUAUAUUCAAAAUGUUUCACAAGCAAUCGUCGAGUAGGUUUCCAUCAGAUUCUGGUUUUCGUAGGGGAUCUGUUGCGCUACAAGUCUCAUCUCCUUUAACUCCCAUUUUCAUCCAAACCCAUGAAUUUACACCAGAUCAGUUUUACAGAGUUUGACGUUUGAAACACGAGAGUCAGUAAAUUGCAAGAGCUGUACAAGAAAGUGAAAUGUUGAACGUCGGAGACUUAGGUUUUUUCUGGUAUUACAUAAGCUGUUAUUAUUUCUUUGGGGUGCUCAUUCCGUUUAAGGUGAUUUCUUUCGUAUGUCUGCCUGGUACAUUUUUGAGAUUUGGUUCAUGCUCAACUGUUUUAUUCGUGGUAUUCUAGACUUUAGGGGGCAUAAAACAGCUUUAAGGAGUUGCUUGGGCACAGCAGAGAACAACCUCUACGAGCGAAGAUUAUGAUUGAAUUUAGACAAGGAACUGAAGCAAUAGAUGAUACAUUACUUUAUAAAAUAAUUCAAAUAGUAUGCACGCUCUGAUUGGCCAUAAAACCAUUUUACAUGAGCGUAUGUAAACACGGUUUUCUUUCCUCUUUCAUUAGUUAUUUUAUAAAAGAAAUGUAAAAUGGUUUCCAUGUUUACAUAGCCUGAUGUAAACACUUGGGAGGUUGGGAGAACACUCGAUAAGCUGGAAACCACUCCACUUCGUGUUGUGGUUUCCUACACUUAUCUCGUGUUCUCCCAACCUCCCGUGUGUUUGCAUCAGGCUAUGUAAACAUGGAAACCAUUUUACAUUUCUUCAAUAUAAAACCAUCAUAAAUAAGCUUAAAGUCCAAAACACUUGACUGAUAGAGCCAUACAGAAUGUUACUUGACCAUUAAUAUUAUAUGCUAAGUUUUCAGGCUGCUGUCUAUCCAAAUGCCCAUUACCUCCCUCCAUCCCCCUUUCUUUCCAGUAGUCAUCAGCUAAGCCUUCUUCCCUGAAACCCUUAAAGGCUACCAAACUGUUUUCUUCUUCCCUUGUAUCAUGCUUGUUUACUAUUAAGAUUUAUUUAAAACUUUAACUCCCAUGAGUGACCAAGACAGAAUUUCCCCUUGCAAUAUCUAUAUGAUAUCAAGCAGACAAGUGAUGAGAAUAAAGCAAAAUAUCAAUUAGGGACUUAUAAUCCAAUACCAAAUUAUUUGAACUAACCUUAUAAGAAUUGUAUAGCAUACAAGAAGGAUAAUUACUAAUGAGAUCCUGGGGGUGAAGAGGAUAAUGUACUUAAAACCUAGUUGAAAGCAUAUUGUGGUACUGGUAUUUUGUUAAUAUAUAUUUCAACAUACAUGUACAAUACAUAGGAUUUUUCCAAGUUCAGAGGGAUAACAUAAAAUAAGAGCAAAAAUUAAGAGAAAAGAGAGCUAAGUGCCCAUGUGCAAUUUAUUCUAAUCCAUCAAAUUGGGGAUUACUAAUUCUGCUACUAAAAUAAAUGUUGAUUGUUGUGUUUUUUCCUUUUUGUUGAGUGUUGUGAUAUCUGAUCUGUUGUAAACUGGUCACACUUCUUGUAGGUCACUGGUAUAUUUCACUCUCACUUUUCAUGUAUUCUAUAUUGAGGAUAUACAUUGUACAUAUAGGAUAAAGGUGUGAAUAUGAUUGUGGAACAGUAAUUGAAUAUUUAUCCGCAGAUUAUGAAACAAGCAUAUUCCGGAGAGUGGCUAAGUUUAUGUAUGACUAAGAUUUUACUUUGCUUGUUCUUUAGGUGCAAAAAAGAAAACUCUAGGAAAAGGAAAAGUGACAAAAUAAACAGUGACAAAGAGGAAUGGGAACACUUUAUCAACCAACAUCAGUUAGAAGUGUGGAGAAGGCCUAUUGAUACUACUGGGCUUUAUGAAUACAAAGGUAAGAACUGUAACCAGACAUAUAAAUGUAAAUUACUUACUAUUCCUCUUGUCUGAAUUAAGGAACUAUUUUCACCAAGAAAUUGGCGACAAUCGAUAUAAAUGUACAUGAAUGUUCUAAGGGAAGUUCAUGAAAUACAGGCUGUGCUGCUUGUAUGGGGUACAUGAAAAUUUUAUAAUUAGUUCUUUUGUGGGCUUGGGUACUUCAGGUGAUCCUAUGAAUCUUUCUAUGUAUCUCAUGGGUAUCAAAGGUGCACAUUUCAAUUUCAAACACAAAAAUGUGUUUACUUAAUGCACUGUAUAUACUAUAAAGUCAGUUUUUUGCAAGUUUGGGUUUUACCUGUUCAUGGUUUGAGUAUGCUCUUCAAGAGCUGGAAGGGUUUUUGUCAAAUGUUAUGUGGAAAUGAAAAUUUUAGUUCUGCAGCUGUAUUACUUCUACAUUGUACAUUUUCUGAAACUUCUGACCUACUGUAUACCUCUUCUUUUUGUAGUUUUUGGUACUUUCUUUGAUAUAAAUGCAACAUCCUUCUAUAGGACUCAGGUGAGGAUAGCUUCCUUAACUUAAUUCUAUUUAACCUGUUAAUGAUAAUGGGGGUAUCACAAGCAACUUGUGACUUGAUAAUGUGGCAACACUCUUGAAUUCUGUGUGGUUUCAAAGAAAAAGAGGAAUAAAAUAAACUUGAUGGAGAUUACACAAUUAUAUAUGAUUAAUAAUUUUUUAUAAGCCCAGGUUUAAACUUUAUCAAAACAUUUCAUUUUUAUUGUCUUCUGACUUGUCUUCAUAAUCAUACUACAAGGAAAAGGAAAUUUUGGCUGAACAGGUUCCCUUAGAAUUUUACAGAAGGAUCAGCCAAUUGUUCAGUUUUGUAGACUUGCUUUGGUGUAACACCUUUGAAAAUGUGACACUUGGAACUAUAUAUUCUGCACUAAGUAUUAGAACAGUUUUGUUGACAAAUUACACUGUUAAAAACAACAACAACAACAAAGUAUAAAGACAGCUUCAGUCUGAUUGGGCAUUUGUGUCCAACUACAGUCUGAUUGUGCAUGUGUGUUCAAUUCACUGUUUAUCGCAUGCGGUACCCGAUGUAUAAUUCAUUCUUAGUGAUAUGAGAAAUAAUUCUAAAAGAGGUGUAUUUGGUGUGCUUCUGGUAGGUGUAACUUUUCUGGAGAGGUCACUACAUUACAUGUUAUUAACUCAGUCAAAUGGCCAGAAUCUCUGAAACAAUGUUAAUAGUGAGGUAUUUAUUUUCAGGUUGAUAAUGAAUACCGCCUAUACUGGGACCAGUUUGUUUUAAAACUUGAUGUUGUUGACUCUGAUCCUGUGACUGGAACUGAAGUACUGCACUGGGUUACAAAAUUUCCUGUAAGUAUCUCAUUUUAUACAUCUAUUCUUUUCUUGGGUUUUGCAUUGUUUGUUUCUUUUUAACUGGUUAUUUAUAUGAUAGGGCUAACAAUGUUCUGGCCCAGUUGUCCAAAGGGUGGAUAACCUUAUCCUCCAGAUAAGGGUUGACAAAAUGUACUAAGCUAUCCACCAGAUCAAGAUUUAUCCAGUAGACAGUGUCAUCCACUCUCUUCGAACAACUGGGUCCAGACCCUUAGUUUACCAAUACAAAUAAAGGUGUGCAUGUUUAGUGUUCAUGAAGUUGAUUUUAAAAUGUUUAUCUGCGGAGUGUACAAAAAUUAUUCACAGUACUUUAUCAGUAAAGUAUUUAAGUAAUUAAACUAAUUUAUCCAAACUGCAGAGCAGAUUUUUCGGGAAUAGUGUACUCAAUGUUUUACCUUCUUGUUUUUUUUCUUUUGUCAUCUAUAGUACCCAUUGAGAAAUAGAGACUAUGUGUUUGUAAGAAGAGGGAAGGUAAGUAAAUGGAGAUUGUUUUUACAAUGGGUUUUAGUCAGGCAGAACUGCCAACCUCUUCCUAUUGUGUAUUUUUUUCUCCUUUUCUUUUCGUUUAACCCUCUCCACCCUAAAAUCAGUAUGUAUAUUCUCUAUACUGUUCUCCAUUUAUGUCCUGAGAUGCUGACAAAGAGAAUUUGUUUAAAAAUCAAGAGCUUCUUUAGUUGGUGAUCAUGUCCUUGAUUCAGGUUGAUAUUGUAACACAAAAACUAGGAGCAGAUGCUAUUUACACUUAGGCUUCAAAGGGUUAAGUGAAUAAUGUGCUGGUGUGUCAGCAUUUUCCUUUGAAUUCUACAGUUGCAGCAAUGUUUAGUUUUCUGGGAUUUCUUUAAAACACUGCACAAGUGUAAUCAUUUAAAGAGUAACCCUGAAGGUUCACAGUAACUGGAACAGCAUUCAAUUAAUUAACCAGCAUGAAAAAAUAACUGAUAUGCUCAAGGAGAUCUUUGAAAAGCGUAGAAACAUUAAUACCAAGAAGGCCAAAGUUACCAGUGCACUAUUUAUUUAUUAAAAUUUGACAUUUGAAUGUCCAUAUUUCAGAUUGAUCAUAAUUCAAGGACAAUGGUUCUGUUAUCAAGGUGAGCAACAGAGUCAUGUUGCAUAGAUGGUUUGUAUCAGCACGAUUUCAGUGCACAGUGUAAACUUAAAUUUCUAUAGAGAUGACCCACCAUUAGUAUGGCAAGUGUUACUUACUGAUUUCCCAUGAACCCCAUUUAACCAUCAUUGCAUGCAUAGACAGGUGUUUUAAGGGGUUUGUGGUUACAAAAAUGUGACAUCCAGAAAAUUAUGCAAUUGUUUGCCUUGAAUUUCCCAUUACCUUUGUGUGAGCAACAUAGUGGAAAAGCUGAAUAUACUGUUUGUUACUGUAAUUAACAGUUCAUGAUUACCUACCCAGGGCAACUCAUCAUCCACUCUGUCCAGAGAAUAAUGAACAUGUGCGAGUGCCAAGCUACCACUCCAGCAUGGUGAUUGUACCACAUAAAACAUUUGAUGAGGUGAGACAAGCUUUUGAUCUUAAGAGCUGAAGGUUCAAAUUAUUUUUUCUUAAAACUUUUGAAAAAUGUGAGACUAGAAAUUUCAGUUCAGUUAGUAAUUGGAGAUAAUGUAAGAGGGCAACAUAAUUUUUUCUCUUCUGCAAACCUUUUAAGUUCUUUUUUUUUUUUUGCCAAUGUUCACUUUGCAGGAUGGAUUUGACUUUGUUUUGUCUUACUUUGAUGAUCCCAAGACAAACUUUCCAUCUUACUGCAUGAAUAUUUUGACAAGCACAAGUAAGUCAAUGCAAUAUCUUUUGUGGAUACAGUGACUGGAAUGUACUUUAAAAUGUGGUUCCUUUGGGUUUGAGUCUGGUGCAAUACAGCUUAAAGAAAAGGGCGUCUUGCUGUUGGGCAUAUAUGUAUGUUGCUUCAUUGUAGAAUUAAUCAAAGAGUUUGGUGGGUGAAACAAAACAUGAUGUGUCGUUUUUGAUUUGAAGAGUUUUCCUGCCAUUGCUAGGCUGCCAUUUUAUUGAGAAGUGGGGGUUGGCACUGUAUAAGUUUUAUGGACGUUUUAAUGGAAUUUUUACAUUGAUUCAUUCAGACUAGGAGCAAAAGCUCUUCCUUGGCUUAGUUAAGACUGUGUGUUGAAAGAAAUGGUCAGAAAUAUCUUGAAAAUAAGCAAACCACAGGAAAACUCUUGGAGAAGAAAUUUGUGGUACAGAUCUAUGUUUUGGCGAUAUUUUUUUUUCUUGGGCAUGAGACUAGGCUGGAAGAAAGAGGCUGACUCGCCUAUACCUUUCAUACUUACACGUGUCUCAAGGAAAACCUGUUUGUCUUGAAUGAUACCAUUCAUCUUAAAAAUGGCUGAAGGCCUUUUUUAACUCUGUAUUCAGUUAUUUUUCAGUCUUAUUUAUGUGCUUGCAUAAUUAUCUAUUAGCUUAUUUAAUGAUUUGGAGUUAUUCGCUUUUUCCUUUUUCAGAUCUCCCAACUUUUAUUGAUACACUUCAUAAUGCAGCUGCUGGUUUAAAUCAACACCAAGAAAAAGUUUUACAAGCGGGUUGAAACACCACUAUCACAACUUUAUGACAAAAUGAACAUUAAAAUUAUGAAAACAUUGUGGACAAUUUAAAUUUCAGCAAAGCCAGUUAACUGUUUUUGCAAGACGUAAAUUGAUAUACCUUUCUGCAGUACUCCGAGGCAAGUACAUGUGAACCUUUGAGGAUACAUCAAGUGCAAAGUUGCGACGAUUCAAAAAGAGUUGUAAACCUAUUGUAGUUUCACAUCACGCAAACGGUGUGUGGGGUGAAUGAAGCCGAAAACAAAAAAUAUUUUAGAGAAAUUAAGAGAGAAUUAAUUGAGCAAACAUUGUCCACUCUAAAACGAAGUUAUGUAGAAAAACGUACACUUUAUUUUUGGUAUGAUGUUGAUUAAAUACAACUGCGAUACUUUGCACGUGUAGUGUUCUAUGGUCAGAUUGUACCACGACAAUUAAAAGCUAGAGUACGUGUUCGUGAUUUUGAGCACAUCCAGAAACAGAAACAGAAAAGAAAGGAAGAAAGGAAAAAACUUGGAUAUGCGAUCGGAGUGAAUUAGCAUGGCAGUAACUAGAAAGACAAUCUCGGGAAGCGGAAACCCUCUGAAACCAGCAGGUUGCCAUAAGUAGGUACUUCAGAUGAUGUAUUUUUCUGAGUAAACAACCAAAGUUGUAAAUUUGGUGGAGAUAAACGUCUUUAUUUCACAUUCUCAGUACUUAAAAGUUGUGUCCG